GGUUACAUGAAGCCGCUGAAGCAGCCGGAGAACUCGCUGUUGUGUGACCCGUCGCUGGUGGAUGAGAUCUUCGACCAGAUCCCCGAGCUGCUGGAGCACCACGAGCAGUUCCUGGAGCAGAUCCACGACUGCGUGCAGAACUGGCACGAGAAGCAGAAAGUGGGCGACCUCCUCGUGCAGUCGUUCUCCAAGGACGUGCUGGUGAACAUCUACUCCGCCUACAUCGAUAACUUCCUCAACGCCAAGGAUGCCGUCAGGAUGGCCAAGGAAGCUCGGCCGGCGUUCAUGAAGUUCCUGGAGCAAAGCAUGCGGGAGAACAAGGAGAAGCAGGCUCUGUCCGACCUGAUGAUCAAGCCGGUGCAGAGGAUCCCACGAUACGAGCUGCUGGUGAAGGACCUCCUGAAGCACACACCAGAAGACCACCCUGACCACCCCUUCCUCAUCGAUGCCCAGCGCAACAUCAAGCAAGUGGCCGAGAGGAUCAACAAGGGCAUGAAGAGCGCGGAGGAGGUGGAGAGGAACGCCCGGAUCGUGCAGGAGAUCGAGUCCCACAUCGAAGGGAUGGAGGACCUCCAGGCCCCGCUCCGCAGGUUCCUGCGUCAGGAGAUGGUGGUGGAAGUGAAGGCGGUGGGUGGGAAGAAGGACCGCUCCUUCUUCCUCUUCACGGACCUGCUGGUGUGCACCACGCUGAAGCGCAAGUCGGGCUCCCUCCGCCGCAGCUCCAUGAGCCUGUACACGGCAGCCAGCGUGAUCGACACGGCCAGCAAGUACAAACUGCUCUGGAAGCUGCCGCUGGAGGACGUGGACAUCGUCAAAGGUGCCUCGCAAGCCACCAACCGGGAAAGCAUCCAGAAAAGCAUCUGUCGCCUGGAUGAAGACCUCAGCACGUUGGGGCAAGUCAGCAAGCUGUCGGAGACCCUCAGCUUCCCCCACCAGAGCCUGGAUGAUGUGAUCAAGGACCUGAUGGCCGCCAUCCACCGGGAGCUGGCGGAGAAGCAAUCCCUGUCCUUCAGCAUGGCCUUCCCCCCCAACAAGGUGGAGCUCAGCACCACCAAAUCCGACGGCACUGAGUCCUUCAUCUUUGAGUUCCCCAACCCCGAUGCCCGGAUCGGCUUUGAGCAAGCCUUCGAGGACGCCAAGAAGAAGCUGGCUUCCAGUAAAAACUGCCUGGACCCGGAAUUCCUCAAGGCCAUCCCCAUCAUGAAGACACGGAGCGGGAUGCAGUUUUCUUGCGCUUCUCCGAGCCACGGAAACCCGGAGAGCUCCCACGAGGUUUGGGUUUGCAACAGCGAUGGUUACGUGGGGCAGGUUUGCCUGCUCAGCAUCCGGAAGGAGCCGACGGUGGAAGCGUGCAUCGCCGUCUGCUCCGCCAGGAUCCUCUGCAUCGCCUCCGUGCCCGGGCUCAAGCGCACCUAUAGCCACACCUCCAUCUCGGGCUCGUCGCUGGAGCUCUCGGAGCCGGUGGACGGUGGCAACAGGGAGUUGGUGCCCUUCGAUAGCGACGACACGGACGACGAGUCCUCGCCCAGUCCCUCGGGGACGCUGCAGAGCCAAGCCAGCCACUCCACCAUCUCCUCCAGCUUCGGCAAUGAAGAGAUCACAAGCUGUAAGGAGGCGACAGCGGAGAUGACGAGCUCAGAGGAAGAGCAAGAACCCGGCUUCAUGCCCAUCACUGGCACCUACGGCCAAAACCGCCACGGCGAGAGCCCCACGGACGGGCGAGCUCUGCGCCGCUCCAGCCGUGGCUCCUUCACCCGAGGCAGCCUGGAGGACCUUCUCAGCCUUGACCCUGAAGCCCAUCAAAGCUCCAUGUGGUUGGGCACCGAGGACGGCUGCAUCCACGUCUACCAAUCCUCGGACAACAUCCGUAACAGGAAGAACAGCAUGAAGAUGCAACACGCCGCCGCCGUCAUGUGCAUCUUGUACCUGGAUAACCAGGUUUUCGUGUCGUUGGCCAACGGGGAGCUCGUUGCGUACCAGCGGGAGGCAGGUCGCUUCUGGGACCCUCAGAACUCCAAGUCCUUGUCCCUGGGCUCGCCGGGGAGCCCCAUCACCAAGAUGGUGGCGGUGGCAGGGAAGCUGUGGUGCGGCUGCCAAAACCGGGUCAUCGUCCUCAACCCCACCACGUUGGCGCAAGAGGGGGGACAGGACGGCGGGCGCAGCGUCACCUGCAUGGUGGGCGCGGGGAGCGGCGUGUGGGUGGCACUGCAGAGCAGCGCCCAGGUCCGGCUGUACCACCCCACCAGCUACGAGCAGUUGGCCGAAGCGGACAUCACCCCCCCGGUGCACAAGAUGCUCGCCGGCUCGGACGCCAUUAUCCGGCAGCACAAGGCAGCCUGCCUGCGGAUCACGGCUCUCCUGGCCUGCAAGGACUUGCUGUGGAUCGGGACCAGCGCCGGCGUGGGGCUGAACCUCGCCGUCUCGGCCAAGGCGGCCCCGACGCUGGUGGGCUUGUCCCAAGGUCACACCGGCCACGUCCGUUUCCUCACCGCCAUCGAGCUGCCCGACGGCUUCGACGUCCUCUUCCCGUUGCCGAGGGAGGCGG